GGGCCUCAAGGUCAGGACUUACAGAGCUGCCUGGCCAGGACAUAAGUGUGAGCUGAGAGUGCCAGAGACCCAGAAGAACCACAAGCUGGAGUGACCAGAGUAAAGAAGGAGUCCAGCAGGACAAGCAGCCUCCUUGAAUAUGCUCAGUGUUUCUUAAGGAACACAUCUUCCCAUUGCAAGGCUCUGUUGCCCCCAAUUUGACAGACCUACAGCGGCUUCUGCGGCUGUUCCAGGGCAGCUCAAGCUCCAAGAGGACACACCUCCUGUGCCUUUUCACCAAGGGACCAUGACAAAAUACUUGUGGCUCUUCAUGCUCAUCCUCAUCAUCCCAGUGGCUCUGGCAGUUGGUGUGGAUCAAUCUAAGAAUGAAGUGCAGGUGUUGAGGUACUUUGAAUCCAUCAGUACCUCGAAUGCCAAUGUGAAGCAGUGUGUAUGGUUUGCUAUGAGAGAAUACAACAAAGGAAGUGGGGACAAGUACGUCUUCCUUGUGGACAAGAUAUUGCAUGCCAAGCUUCAGAUCACAGACCGAAUGGAAUACCACAUUGCCGUUCAGAUCUCCCGCAGCAAUUGCAAAAAGCCUUUAAACAAUACUGAAAACUGCGUCCCUCAAAAAAACUCCAAACUGGAAAAGAAAGUCACCUGCAGCUUUUUGGUAGCAGCUCUUCCCUGGAUUGGCGAGUUUACCCUGUUGAACCAAGAAUGUAAAAAUAUCUAAGGGUGUCUUGAAGCAUCCCUCCCACUUCUGGGUCUGCCUUUCUCUGUGAUAAAAGAGAAGCAUCAGUUCAAGGCUGUCACCAACA